ACCGUCUUUGCUGCUUCUCCAGCGCUGCCGGAUCCUUUGCAUCUCCCAAGCCAAGCAGCAGAGAUUCGCAUCCGAUCCUCAGUGACAAGAAGGAGGAAGGUUACAAGGCUAGCUGCAGAGCUCCCUCGCUCGCUUUCUCCUCGGAGGGGCAGAAAGAACAUGAGCAGGACAAGUGGAAACUCUCUCUUCUGGGUUUUCUCCUACCUCUGCCUGGGGACGUUGGUUUCUCUGACGGAUGCCAAAGGGACCUAUUACCACCACCCCGCCCCUGUCUCUUACAGUAACAGAUACAAUCUUUAUACCUCAGGAUCUAGCCCUCAGCUCAGCCCGGGGAAGCCCAUGGGGAAGCACAAGAGCUACUGUGCAUACGUGGUGCAGAGAAAUGUGACAUGCACCCUGCAGGAUGGGGUGGAGAGCUACGUGAAGGCAGAAUAUCACAAGUGCAGCUGGGGGCCCAAGUGCCCAGGGAAAGUCCUGUACCGCACCUUCUACAGACCCAAGUACAAGAUUGGCUACAAGACAGUGACUGAGCUGGCAUGGAGGUGCUGCCCAGGACUCAUGGGAGAAGGGUGCCAUGACAGCCCUACUGACCAACCAGGCCUGCUACCCCAGCGCCCCAGCCCUAAGAUUCCUCCUGGUCACAAGAUGUUUCCAGGUCCUAGAGUUCCUCCCCAUCCCCAAAUCCACCCUGAGCCGUUUCCAGGUCCAAAGAAGAACCACUAUGGCAGGAAGAUGCCUGGCAUCUUUGGGGACAGGCUGGACCAGCUGGAAGAGGAGGUAAGGCGCCUCUCGCAGUCCUAUGACAGCCUGCACAAUGUGGUGAGCGGCCUGGGGGAUCACCUGCGUCUGGCCAUCCAGGAGGAUACCAACAAGAUGAUCGGGUCUCUGAUGAACAGCCCAAGCGUGCCCGACUCAACAGUGGGCUUUGGGGUCAUUCCCGAUGGGAUUGUGGAUGUGGCUGACAAGGCGGACAUCACCACCUAUCCACCCGUGGGUGAGAUCCUGGCCAAGGUGAGCGAGGUGAGCGACGUGCUGAAGACUAAGACAGAUUUGCUCAAUGAGGUGCAUGGCCUGGUCCUGGACCAUGACGGGCAGAUCAAACACCUGCUGGAGUCAGCUAGGCCAUCACCCCUCACCUCCAUCGACAUGUUGGAGGAGUAUGUGGACACCCGGCUGAGCAACCUGCGAGCAGAGAUGCUGGAUGGCUUUGAGAAGAAGCUGGUGAAAAUCCAGAGCACAUGCGACUUCAGGAUCAAGGAGGUGCAGCAGCAGUGUGAAGAGGAGAAAGCUGCCAACUUGCGGCUACAGCAGACCCUGGACGGCAAGGAACUGGAGAUCAAGAAGGAGAUCUCCCAGCUAGAGACCCAGAUCCAAGGGUUGACCGUGGUGGAGAGCUGCUGCGGCAACCUGAACUACCUCACCGAGCGCAUGGACAUCCUGGAGAAGGGCCUGCACAGCAUCUCUGAGUCCCAGAAGAACCUACACUCACAGCUCAAUGGUGAGUUCUCCACCAUCACCCUGGGGAGCCUUGUUGAAGGGCGCUUCGAGGACCUGGAGGCGAGGCUCAAUGCUACAGAGAGAGAGACUGGCAGCUGCUGCUCCAGCUUGGAGGACAGCAUGAUGGGCCUGGUGGGGUCAGAAUUGGAUGGUGUGAGGACCUCGUUUGAGGACAAAAUGAGGACCUUGGAGGACAGGUUCAUGACCAUUGUGGGGGAGCUGAGCAAUGUCAGUGCCCCAGCGGGUCUGGAUGGAGCCAUGAUGCCCUUGCUGGAGGGAGAGCUUGCCAACAUGAGGAAGCAGACAGACGAAAGACUGGAGGUGCUGCAGAGCCGGCUCACCACCCUGGAGAGCACCUGCUUACUAGGCUGUGCCUCUGCUUCCAAAGAUGUGGAGACCUUCCGGACUGAAAUUGAGGACUGCCAGAGCAAGAACCAGGAUCUGCUGCUCAGAAUGGAUAGUAACAACGACCUCCUGCGCAAGUUGAAUGCCACCAUCCUGGAGAUCCAGAGGCGGAUUGAGGAGGAGGCAGCCGGCUCCCUGCAAGGCGAGAUCACCCUGCUCAAGAUCAACCUGAAUACCGUGAGCAAAUCCCUGACAGGGCUUAAGGACUCUGUCUCCCAGUACUCCAACACCGUGCUGCACGUCAACUCUUCACUGGACGAACACGAGCGCAAGAUAGAGGACGAGGUGCACUCCAUUCAGGAGAAGGUCAGCGACCAAGGCUCGCAGCUCAUCUUCAGCAACAAGCGCGUCCUGAACCUGAAAGGCGAUCUGGAGAGACUCAAAGCCAGGAUCGUGAAUGACCUAAGCAACUGCAAGAACGCCGCACACGUCCUGCAGAAGGAAGUGGCCCAGUUCGACAGCCGUGUGGCCCAGGUGGAAAACAUGUGCGGCGGGCUUGGUGCCAUGACGGGGAGCCUGGACAUCAUCCGUGAUGAGCUGGAGAAGCACACAGGCAGCCUGUGGGGCUACAUGGACCAUAUGAACGGGACUUUGGCCGCCCACUCUCAGGAAAUAACUGUACUGAAGGACAACUUGCUGGAUUGCCAGGCCAAAGUGACAGAGCUGGCCGAACAGGUCACCCACUUGGAAGGCGCUUCAGAGGGGAAGCAGCAUUAGCUAUACCGAAACCCACCUCUCUUUAUCCUUGAAGAACAGAAUUAACUUAUAUCACACAGACGCUACUGUGACAAUGGGUUGGUUUUUUUUUUAAAUAUAAAUGGAAAGCUGCUAUAAUCCCUUCUCCCAUUUCUUUAAUUUUUUUUUUCUUGCCUGAGAAAAGUGAAACCCUACAGCCCAAGUCAUCCCUUUGCCAUACUGAACUGGACUGGACUUGAUAUCCCUUCUUGUCACUUAGCAGCUGUCCUAACAACAUAGGAGAUCCUGGUCAUAGCUGGGUGGUUGUUAUGUAGCUGUGACCCAGGAAUGACAGUUCAGGACCAAGCUCAAGGCAGAAUCAUUUUGGAGGAUUGAUUGCUUUGGAAAGAAUAAAACUCUGUAUUUGUAAGGCAGGAUGGACAAACUCUGUUCCUAAAGGAUCACAUGCAUCUUACCCACUGGGGCAAAGAGAUAGUCAGGGACCCACCUUUGCAACACCCACCUGGGGAUAUUUGGAUUUUAACAGGGAAAGCCUUCUAGCAUGUACCCUGGGGAAUUUUAUUCCCCUUUUUGACACAAUGGCUUCCAUUCUAUUCAUCUGAGUCCAGGUUUCUGUCUCUCAACCAAUGCCUAAGCCAAUUUAAAAUUAGAUGCAUUCCCCAUCCACCCACCCCUUUUGACAGGCAUCAUAGGGGGAUAUGCAUGAAGACAACAUAGGUCUAUAAACAACCCUCUUCCUCCCCUGCUACUCCUGAGUGUAGCACCUUUGCUCAGCUUCCUCCAUCUUGCCAGUUGUGCUAUGGAGCACACAGUGUGCCCUGUUAGAGAUUCAACUAUUUUAAGCGUGGCAUUUUGGGGGAGUCCAUUUUAGGACUGUACUGGGCCUGAAUUUAAUAAGAACAAGGGGUGCUGGGGGUCCUGUGUGUUUGCAGGCCAAGGACUGCAAAUUGGACACAGCUCUUUGCUUGUUGCCUAAGUCACAUUGGAACCCAGGUCUCCAAAGAUGAAAAGCCAGGGCAUUAAGCCAUGUUGCCCCCCCAGCCCUGCGGAGUAAUUUAAGCAAUAAUGGGGAUAUGUGCAGGUGCUCUUAUCCCAUAAAUGGCUUUACUUCCCACGAUACUCCAGGUAUAGAUUUGGAGAAAUAGGAUUUAUCUGUUCCCAGGCUGCACAGGGCAACGUGUGUUCAUGUUCACUAUCCCAUCGUCACAGACAGGAGUGGGCAACUGGGAUCACAUUCACUUCACAUACCCCAGGGCCCCAAAAGCCUUCUUGGCUAUGCGACUUCCCUAGAGAAGGACUUCCUUUGUCAAGUGCAGGCAGGAGGCGAAGGUAAGGGCAAGUCUCUCACAGUGCCUUUGAAAGCAGAACCCUUCCUCGAGGGCGGGGGGAUGUUAAUCAAGGGAAGCUCAACUCAGCAGCAUCAUUUGGGAGAUCUCCACAUUUCACCCAGUUUUCCAGCUGGGCUGGAUGAGGCACAAAGGAGCCCAGUGAGGCGUCAGAUCCUUGAGUAGUUCUGGUGAGCUAGGAAUGGGGAUUCACCCCACAGUGGAACCAGGAGGUGCCGGGGGCCCUCUGCUCCCACGUCUGGGCCAUUUCACCUUAGUACUAUGGCACAUUUGUGACAUCCAAGGACUUGAUUCUGGUACUCAGACUGGCAGGAGAGUUCCUCUGCUACAAGCUAUAGCCCAGGAAACAAGGGAAAGGUUAAACUGCGGUUUCACAUAGAGCACACGGACUGACGAACUAGCAGGAACCCCCUCUGCACACUCAUUUUUGGGCAUUCUCAUCCCUUGUCUCCUCCUAUUACCACAUUUCUUCCCUGUAGUGUAACCCAUUGCACCUGAGAGUCAGGCAGAGGCUGAAACUGGGCUCUGAAGAAACCGCCCCCUUUGCUCCAUUUCCUCAUUAAGCACAUAGUAGCAGCUUGCCACACAGAACAGCUGGAAACAGCCUUUCCCAUGUGAUACAGCUUUAACGUGAGCCCCGGCCUGGGAGUGAAGAGCAUUCCCCCUUUUACUGAAUAGCUGGGGAUGCAGAACUCAGAGAGGAACGUAGUGAGAGGAGCACUGACCGAGAGUGCCCCCUGAGACCAUACAUGUUCUUCAGCACAAAUCCAUGACUACUCCACCCUUUACCAGCUGUGCUUUCAGUGCUGCAUGGAAUCAGGCACUUCUCCAUGCCUGUACUCAGCAAGGACAGUGGACUAACAAAGGUGAGAGAUGUCUCUCCACUGGGUGGGAAAGAGGCCCGAGAGCAAAGCUGGACCAUCUCCUGGCCACCACAGAAAAAUCCCUUCUCAGCCCAUGACUACCUUUAGCUCUCUCAACCCAGAGAAGUAACUUACAGAUUGUGCUCUCUGUACUGCUCCAUGCUUCCAGAUAGCCCUGUAGCAGUAGUUCUCAACCAGGGGUCUGGGGCCCCCUGGGGGGCCACAAGCAGGUUUCAGGGGGUCUGCCAAGCAAGGCCAGCAUUAGACUUGCUGGGGCCCCAGUCAGAAAGCCAAAGCCCCACCCCGAAGCUGAACCCUGGGGCCCUGCACCCCACCAACUGGGGCUGAAGCCAAAGCCUGAGCACCUUUGCUUCGAGGGAGCCCCAGUGGUAUGGAGCCCCAGGUGACCAAUUAAGAGGAAGAUAAGCUUGAUAGUAGGAGAUUUGUUUUAUCUAUAGCCAGUGUGAUAGUCUGCAUUUUCAAAUAGCAAGUGGAUGAGGGGAGCAGCUCCCUGGAGGUCAGAGGGAAAAUAGGCUCUUAAAGCUAACACAAUGUGGGAGGGGGAUAGUUUCAGAUAGGGCAGGGGGAGAAGCAGUGGGGAGGCAUGUUGAUCUCUCAGAAAUGGUGCUAUAUUUGAACUCCUUUCCGGCCAGUCACUUGAAGACGCUGACAGUUUGUAGGUCUGUUCUUGGACCACCGAGUUUAAAAGCUAAGUAACAUGAUGUUUAAAUGGGCAUUUGGUGCUUUCGAAGGAGGAAUCGGAUUGUACCUGCAUCUUCACUACCUGUUGGAGGUGGGGGGGUUCUGGGGCAGUUGUGAAAUCCCAUUAAAGUCCAUUUUGAGUUGUUUUUAAAAACUUUGUACAUUUGUUCAGCUGUUAAAGCUGAAAGACGGUUUGUAAUAAGAACAAAAAAUAAAACUUCUUGCUGA